GCGCCGGCGGCGGAGUCGACGGGGCACCCGCAGGCCAAGGCGGAGGCAUCGGAGCAGAUAGAUGGCGGAGGUGAGGGAGGCGGCAACGAGGGCGCCGGCGGGGACGGCGGCGGCGGGCUUGGCGGCGGCGGUGAGGGAGGGGACGCCGAGGGCGCCGGUGGUGACGGCGGCGGCGGAGAUGGUGGCGGCGGUCUCGGUGGCGGCGGCGAGGGCGGAGGCGGGCUCGGCGGCGGCGGUGACGGCGGCGGCGGCGAGGGAGGCGGCGGCGACGGCGGCGGCGGCGACGGUGGCGGUGGGCUCGGUGGGGGCGGUGACGGAGGCGGCGGGCUCGGCGGUGGCGGUGACGGCGGUGGCGGAGAGGGGGGCGGCGGUGAGGGCGGCGGCGGCGAGGGCGGCGGUGGUGACGGCGGCGGCGGAGAUGGUGGCGGCGGGCUCGGUGGCGGCGGGCUGGGCGGCGGCGGCGAGGGCGGCGGCGGUGACGGCGGCGGCGGCGAUGGAGGCGGCGGCGAGGGCGGCGGCGGGCUGGGCGGCGGCGGGGACGGCGGCGGCGGGCUGGGCGGCGGCGGGCUGGGCGGCGGCGGGCUGGGCGGCGGCGGCGACGGCGGCGCUGAGGGAGGCGGCGGUGAGGGAGGCGGCGGCGAGGGCGGCGGUGGUGACGGCGGCGGCGGAGAUGGUGGCGGCGGGCUCGGUGGCGGCGGGCUCGGCGGCGGCGGGCUUGGCGGCGGCGGUGACGGCGGCGGCGGCGAUGGAGGCGGCGGCGACGGCGGCGGCGGUGACGGUGGCGGUGGGCUCGGUGGGGGCGGUGACGGAGGCGGCGGGCUCGGCGGUGGCGGUGACGGCGAGGCGGAGGGCGGCGGCAGCGAGGGCGGGGCGGAGGGCGGCGGUGGCGAGAGCAAAACGUAUUGUGACUCCGCG